AUGUUCGAUAUACGGACACAGAAACCUAUAAGUGAUGAGAAAUCUGGAGCUGGAAGUGGGAUAUCUAUUCACUUGAGGAGAUGUGAUUUAAUUGAGAGUUCUAUUAAUGGAUGUCUACAACAAGACGAAGAAUGGUCAGAAAUUGAACAUUACUUAAAGGGGCAAUCUUUAAUGAAUGAGUAUGAAUAUAGACCUGAGAUAUUUGAUUUGAAGCAGCUGAAGAUAUUCCCAAGAAAAGUUAGUGAGAUGAUCACUUUAAAUAUGGAACACACAGUGAAACCUGAUUCAAGCAUAUCAAGACCAUGGGGUGCCAUUGGAUCGAGUAGCAUUUUUUAUGUAUAUUACUCAAAUGAGCUGUUAUUUUGGAAUUGGUCAAAAGGUGAUGUUGCUUACUCUAUUCAAAGUGAAGAAUUUUACAAUGAAGUGUCUGGGGAAAAGUCUAUAAUUACAGCUUUGGGAUAUGUAGAAAGUGAAGAUGGUAUUGUUAAAUGUCUAGUUAGUACUUUAGAUUACAUUAUUAUGCUAAAAAUGACUAAGAAGAGCACUGGGGGAUAUAUUAUAGAUCGUAUUAAUGACAGCUUAAUACAUCUAUAUGAAUACAAUGCAAAGAUAACUAGUAUUGUGGGUCACAAUGCUUCAGAUCGUUUAUUUCUCGGAUGUAGUAAUAAUGGUUCAAUUUUUGAAUUUGCACUAUUAUCUCAAGAAGUUUCUUGGAAAUAUAGAAAUGUAAGGAAGCUUAUACGUUCAGAGUCCAAUACUGAGUCAAUUAGUAUGACAAGAUUGAUUUGUAUAUCGUCAAAUGGGAUAUUAAAUUGGAUACCGAAUUCUUUAAAAAGAUUUCUCACGAAAGUUAAUAGUGUUAAAAUAUAUGGGAUGUUUAUUGAUGAAUAUAGAGGGCUUUUAUAUGUUUUACAUGGUAACUCAGAUAUUGACGUAUACGCAAUCCCACCCACACCAGUUACAAUAAAUUACCUUGAUGACAUUUCUUAUUUAAGUGUGACAAAUUUGGAUUCUUAUCAAAAGCCUCCCGUAAUACACUUAUUUACAUUAUCAAAUACAAAACUUUCAGCUGAAAUUUGCAAGAAGCUUGAAUCUACAUCAAAAUCUAAUUUGAAUAAAAAUAAAUCAGUGCCUGUAGUAGGAAAUAAUUCAAAUAAUAUGAAUAUACAAGGGUCAAAUUUCUCAGUUUCUUUAAACAUUAAGUCAAUUCAUCCUAUCUCACCUCUAGAAAGUGAUUCAGCCAUUGUUAUGCUGGUCAAUGAUAAAGGUGACAGAUUUUAUAUGGAAGCUUCAUUUGACACUCAAGGAAGUAGUUUAGUAGGUCAUAAUUCUAAGUCACUUCAAAAUUCUGAGUUAGUGCAAUAUAUGCAACCAAAAAGCCUAAAAGUUAAGAAUAUCAAAGCAUCUCCCACAACUUUAGAAGAUAAACCUGUUUAUUUUUCUGUAUAUUCCAGUGGAGUAUUUAUUCAAAUGACAAGAUCAAGUGAUAAUAUGGAUAAUACUGAAUCUGAAAUUACAAGACCUACUGAAAAAAAACACUAUAUUGGCAAUUUAUCUCCUAAUUCACUAAGACAUCAAUUUUCUGAAAGAGACUUUAUACCAUCAACUUUUAUGGAUGACCAUAGUAAUUAUAAUAGAGUAAGUACUGAUAAAACAAGUACUAAUUAUUUAAAAGCUAUAAAAUCACAUAUUACUGCCUGUUGCAAAGAUGUAACAGUAUUGGCUCAAAAGCAAGCUCCAAGUUAUCCAAAUCCCACCAAUAUCAAGAGUUCUUUAUGUGAAUGGUAUUGUUCGUUUUCUCAAGUUGACUUAGGCUAUGUUUUGUUUGCUUAUGAAAAACCAGUUUUGAAGGAUUAUUGGAGAUUAUUUUACAAUUUGUGGAAUACCCCAAAUCCUUUUAAUCCUAACUCUAUAUCAUCCAAUAAAGCGUUUGUUAGACCGAAAAUUUCAAAGGAAAAUUUUAGUGUUAUUUAUUCAGCUCCAGGAUUUGGAGCUAAAACUAGUGGAAGCUUAUUUUAUCAUCUUUGGAAGUAUUUAUUUGAUACAAAUGGAGCCAAUUCAAUAAAUAAUAAACCUGACUUCUCUCCUUUAAACGAAUUUACAAAAUCACUUCUAUCCACUAAUACCUUGGGAUUAAAUACAUGUUCUACAGACUUAGCACCUAUUAAAGAGAAUUCUUCGUCUAAUAUAACUGGAUUUGUAAUUCCGAGAUAUCCUCCCAGUGGUCUAUGUGACUUAUCAUUAGAUCAGGUUGCUCAGAAUCGACAGUGGAUUGUAAUAACUACCACUGGGAUAUUUUUGUUAGAAAAACGCAGAAUGAUUGAUAUAGUUACACUCAUGACUUUGGAACCCCAAAACUAUUCUUAUAUGAUUGAUAUUUUUGAUAAUUCACCUUUAACCAGCCAAGAUCCAUCCCUUCAAUUAUCUGGAUAUUCAAUUAAUUUUAUAACGAAACUGUUGGGGAUAUUUGCUCAUACAGUAACAUUUGAGCAAUUUUUUGCAGUAUUAUGGCAGGGUAUUAUAAGCUUGACUGCAAAAGGCACUUUGAAUUCGGAAGUAUUUGAGAAAUUAUCAAAUGGUAGAAUUUUGGACAAGUUUAAUCUAGAUACACAUAAAGAUGCAAUAAGUAUUUUUCCAAGAAUGGAAUAUAUUUCAAAUACAGAAUUCCCACAUAUAGUAUUAAUUCAAAUUUGGCUUACACUUUUGUCAGAUUCUUCUAUUCAAAACCGUCCAGAUUCUUCCUGCUUAAUUAGCAUAAAUAAUUUAAAUGAAUGGUUUGUAGUUACACCAAGAAGUAAAGGAUUAUUACUUUUAGUAAGUCGGAUUUUAAGAUGUAUAUGGUCUAUUCCACUAUUUCAACAGGAGAUUACAGACUCUGGAGCUGUACAAAACAAGACUAGUACUACUCCAUUACUAGAGUAUGUACUUACUGCAGCAGGUAAAAGAAGGAGAUCUACAGAAAAUGUUUUUGUUGAUAAUUCUUAUACGAAAGAUAAUAAUAAGUACUCUUCAGCAUCAAUUUUAGAGUGUAACUCUGAAAAAGGUAAAUCUAUAAUAUUAGAAGAUUUUUAUAAACCAGAAGCUUCAGAGUGGUUUGAAAUACUCAGCUUGGAAGAUAUCAACUUAACGCAAAAAUUUGAAACUGGAGUAUUUUCUGUAAAUUCAGAAAAUGAACUAAAUUUAGAACAACAUAUACUAAAAAUUCAGCCAACUUUAACUAAGGCUCAAAUUAAACAUCUACAAAGUAAUAUUUCACCAAUUAUCACUUUAUUGGAUAUGUUACUACCCAUAUGGUUCCCUAACUACAAGACUGAAGUACAAUCAAUGCAAAAGUGUACUUUAAAUUCAAACCACACUGAUGAAGAAUCAAGAAUAUCUUCUAGCACAAGUCCAGUUACAGAAUUGCAACUUUUCAUCGAACUAUCUUAUUUUUUAUGUAAAGUUCUUGAAGUCCUUGCUGUCAUAUCCUUAGUUAUUGAUAAAAAUCCAAAUGGUAUAAAAUACACUAUAUGUUCAAGAGAGCAGGACAGUUCCAGAACUUUAUACUACCCAAUAACCCUAUUAAAGAAGUCUCUUUUGAAUAUCACUUUGGAGAGUUUGGCAAAUAACCCAAAGCACCAAUUUUUGUAUAGAUUAUUUUUAAGAUAUGAUUUAAUACCUUCAGAUGAUACUCUUAGAAAUUUACCAUUCAAAGAUACCUCUUAUAUUCUCCCUAUUUCUAUUAUAAAAGUGGAAUAUAUUGUUGCACUCCUCAGAAAACGAGUUCGGGAAUGCAGACUAGACAACUUGACUGGAGGUAGGAAAAUAGUCAAAGUAAAGAAUGUUGAUAAUUCUGAUGAAUUUGAAAUGCAGAAUAUUUUCAACACAUUAUAUGAGAAUGUUCAGAAUGUACCUUUAAAUGUGACUAUACCUUUGCUUUAUGAAUUAAAAGAAUACCAAGCUAUAAUGACUUUGAUUUAUAACCAAACUGAUCAUAUAUAUAAAACUGGAACUUAUCCAAUGUGGAUAACUAAUGGUAGCUAUAUACAAGUGAAUACUCCUAAAUCUCUUGAUAAUUACAAAAUAUAUACCUCUAACUCAUCAGGAUUUUUUAAUGAUUUCUUACAAAUGAUACUAAAUGAAAUUAUCAGCAUAGGUGCACCUUCAUCAUUGCAAACAAACUCUAUUGCUUCGUAUCAUGUUAUUCUUUCUCAAAUUGAUACGAAAAAGGAGAAAUCUCUACUGGAAUCUUGCAAAAAGAAUGAACUUGGGCACUUAUUUGCUAUGUCAAUGUAUACUCUGGAAUUUCACUGUGUAUUAUGGAUAUACCAAAGUUAUUAUCAUAUACUAGUAAGAAUUUUUGAAAAAUAUGUUUCUGAAAUUGACUCAGUAAUGCCAGAAAUUCUUCAAAUUUUCGAUGGAAAUACAAAUGAUUUAUUGGAGACUGAACAACUACCUUUGGAGUAUAUCAAAACACAUCUAACUCAUACAAACUCCAAUGCUUUGAAUGAAAGUAAAUCAAAAAUUAGUUCAAUUAAAGAGAAACUUUUGUUUGUGAAACAAGAAAUUAUUGAAUUAAUUACUAUAUCACUUAAAUACUCUCGUGAUAACGCUAAACUAGGUAGAUCUAGCAAUCAUAUGCUGAUGUCAUCAAAUAAUAGCUCUAAUUCCACAAAACUUCCAAAAUUUAAUGAAUGGUUUCAUUACUUUCUAUUCUCACUUUUAUCUUACAAUGAGAACUGUCUAAUUAAAACAUUUGAAGAGGAGCUCGGAGUCAAUAAAAAGAAAAUCAAAGAUAUUAGCCCAAUAAAAUCAUGGUUAAUUUCGAAUCUCUGUAUAUCUGUAUUUGACUUCAGUGAAGCUUCACCAUAUAUUAAAAAUUGGCUAGAAUAUUUUCAAAAUGCUGAGAUAACUAAUUCAAGCAUGAAAAAUAUUAUUAAUAACCGUUUACCUGACUUACUAUCCAAUGAUGAUGUCAAUAAUCAUGGUUAUCUGUUGUUUCAUGCUAAACAGUAUAUUUUGGCUGGAAAUUAUUUCAUAGAAAAGGCUAAGAAGUCUUGGAAUAGAAGAACAUUAAAUCUUGAUUAUAAUAUAUCACCUCAUCCUAAUCAAGCUUCUCAUAUGAAAAGUUCUGUACUUAUACCAAAAUCUAUAUCUGUAGAUUCUCCAAUAUACAAAUCUCUUUGUGGUACAUUAAACUUACGUUGGAAUAAUUUUAAAAAGUUGAUAUUAUCUUCAACAUCAAUACAAGAAAGCUGGAGAAUAAAACAGAUAUUUGUUAUAUUUGAGGAUAUUUAUCAGCAAUUAAUAAGUAUUCAACAAGAACCAACCUUAUUACAACGCAAGGCAUACUUGCUUCAAGCUCAAACAUGUAUACAAAAGGAUAGAAAUGACAAAGAAAAUAAGAGUUUAUUGCAAAAUAUUUGGAAUAAUAUUCAAACUAUUGAUAUUCAGUGGGAAUUAGUUAUUUCGUUUAUAGAGCUUUGUGUACAUUAUAUUUUGAUAGCUAUGCAACAAAAUGUAGAUAUUAUUCCAUUGGUCCAUUACCUGUUCGGAGGCUUGGCUACUGUACAAAAUCUGAACAAUACUCAAAUUGAUUCUUCAAUUUUGAAAUCUGAAAUAUCAGCAAAUAUAUCAGAAGAAGGGAUUGACAUUCUCAAAUGUACAAUAUAUGGAAUAUAUAGCCUGCAGUGUAUGGUUCACAGCGAAGAAACUUUAUUUCAACUUAUGGAUGAAUUCCACAAAGCUACUGGCUAUUCAUGUAUAACUGAAAUUAGAUGGGUAACUAACAAGCUAGGCACUAUAUUGGAUCUCUACUACAUAGAUAAUAAAAUCUCAUACAUGUGUGAAUUUAGAACUAAACAAGCAAUAUAUUUUGAUUCCCCUAUCUUAUUUGAAUUGGACAUAAUCCAUCUACUAAACUUGUAUGAAAAGAUACAACUAGACAAUAAAACUGAGAAUUGCAUUCAAAUUGAAACAAUUUGCUUGGAACUUCAUCUCUUUUCAACAAUUUACUAUAAUCAAUACAAACAGAAUGAUCUUGUUGAUAUAUACAGUGCUGACAAUAUCUCAGAAGUUAAAUGUCGAGUCCUCUGGUGGACUUGGCCUAUUAAAUUCAUUACUUUUCAUUUAAGCAACAAGGUACUAUGCAAUAGACUAUUUCCCUUAUAUUCUGGGCAAUCAAAUAAAUUUUCUACGCUCUCCAAUUUUAUUAAUAACAGCCAGAGAGCUGAAAUUUGUGAAAUAAUAAAGUCUAAUAUACAUCUGGCUGCUACUUAA